GAAGCCUUCAUCUUCUUCUGCCGAACAUCAUCAUCUCUAGAAAGUCCUACAAAGGAUUUUAUUUUUUGUUUUUGUUUAUUGGGUUUUUUCGAUCUAGCUCCGGUGAAUUGAAAAUAUCGCUAGGAUCUGCUGAUUGUUUCUGUGCUGGUAAGUUAUUUGUAUUGGUGAAGUUUUCUGGAGUUGCUAGUGGAAGAAUCUGUCUCACAGAACCUGAACUAGUAGUUGGAGUUACAUGUUUUGCAAUAGAGAUGACAUAUCGGGAUAAUGUGCAUGAUUUUAGUGGUGAUUAAAGAGUCUUGAAGUUGGGAGGAAUGUCGGGCUUGUACAUUGAUGAGCUAGAUGAUGAUGAUUAUAUUCCAAUUGAAUUGCUUGGGAACGAUGAUGGUAUAGUUCCAGACUCGGCGUAUGAGGAUGGUGGUCAGUUUCCAGUUUUAGUUAGUAGCAGGAAGAAACGGAGAAAUGAAGAUAUGGGUAGCGGAACAAACCGAAUAAAGAGUAGUACUUUUAUCAAGAGGGAGGGCGAUAUGUUAGGAAGAAAUUCAUGGCCUAAUAAAAACAGUGGUGGCUCUCCGGUGUCAGGCAAAGAUGUUCAGGAUAUCACAUUGGAGGAUGCAAACAUUUCAGAUCAUGGAUUCACUGGUGGCAACGCAAAUGUGGCUAAAAAAUUCUCCACGGCAGAUCCUAUGUUGUGUGACAAUUCUGCUGCAACACAUGAUGGAGUUUAUAAUUAUUCCCUCAACAACAUUCCGGAUGCGGAAAAUAAUCUCAAUUUUUUCGACAAUGGAGACAAAGGAAGCAACGAUCUCUUCUAUGGCUGGGGUGAUAUAGGAAAUUUCGAGGAUGUGGAUAACAUGCUGAGGAGUUGUGAUUCAACUUUCGGCUUGAAUAGUCUUAAUAACGAAGAUAACUUGGGCUGGUUUCCUUCUGCUCAGCCAAAUGAGGAGACAGAAGGUGCGAUGACAGAUGAUUUAAAACCAGACAAAAUGUUGGAAAAUCAAAGAACCCCUAUGUUGCAGGUUGAAGACUUUUUGAACAACAGUGAGUCCAACCAUAGUUUGGAAGAUGAGUUUGUAUAUACUGUUGACGGAAGUUCAGCUCAAGGAAAAUCAUCAGAAAAUGUAUGUGAUUCGAGUUCUCAAAAGACGGAUAUAUUAAUGCUCGAUGUCGAGGCAAAUUUUGAGAAGAAUCAGAUUGAUCAUCUUAAUCAUCUGCAUGGGAAAAGUGAUGGGUAUUUAGAUAACAGUUUUUCUUUACAGAAUAGUGGUCUUUCCGGGGAAAUAAAGGACACAGACCAGUAUAACUCUCCCUCCGAAUUCCAACAGCAAAGAAUUUCAUUCUCACAUUCCAACUGUGAGCAGCCUGCCGAUCAAGUAUCAGCAUGUGAAAGUAAAUCUGGUAUCAAAUCCGAGAACAAAGCCAAUCCUUCCUCUGCUUCAAAUGAGUCAUACACAUCAAAUCAGGCACAGUCUGUAGAGAGCUUACAAGGUCAAACGGUUGAUGAUCAAUGUAGGAGGGGAUUCAAAACGAGAGUUAACUUGCAGCCGGGGCAAAAUAUGCCUCCUUCUUUUGCUGCAAGUACUACGAAGAGUUGUAAGACAAACCCCAUGGUGUUUCCUGAUGCUGCUCCUAUCCAGAAGAUUGAGCUUGAGAACGACCACAGGAAAGCUGCAGCUGAAUUCGAAACAUCAAAUUUGCAGGGAAGUUCUUGUGUUAGCUCUGUUGUGGAUGACAUUUCACUGGAAGCAACAAGUUUUCGCCAGCUUCAACAAGUUAUAGAACAGUUGGAUAUUAGGACAAAGCUUUGCAUAAGAGACAGCUUAUACCGAUUGGCAAAAAGUGCGGAGCAGAGACAUAAUGGUGGAAACAGACAGGAGAAAAGUGCUGGCUCGCAUCUCGUGACUGGUGAAACAGACAAGUAUGAAGGAUUCAUGGAUAUUGAAACUGAUACAAACCCGAUAGACCGAUCCAUAGCUCAUUUGCUGUUUCACAGGCCCUCGGAUUCAUCCCUUUCGUCAGAUAACGAUGUUCUCUCUUAUAAAUCUCAUCCAAUGAUUCCUCAGCCCAAUAGUAGUCCGAGCCUGAGGAUGGAGAAACAAGAGGAAACUCCAAAACUUAGACCCGAAGCAGAAGUUGUAACAGAUGACAACAACUAAUGAUGUCAACUCAAACUGGCUCUUUCACUGCCGAAGCAUUCGAGAUAUGGUUGUUAACAUUAAUCUCGAUUUUGGCUAAGCGAAAUUGCUCAUGCUAGUUACCAAAUCCUGACUGCUUCUUUCAUUAGAAUCAUGGAUGUAACACAGUUGUAUGUAAGUGUCGAGAUUCGGUUUGUACCUGAUUGUUCACCUGGUUACUUGAACCGGGUCUUUGAGAUAUGUUUUAAGUUGUUAAGUAGACGAAUGUGUAGAGACGUAGCAUUUCUGUAGAUAAGGAUGUUAUUUUUUUUUUCCUUUUUUUGUAAUGCCACAUAAUAUCCUGCUGUGUAUUUGCGGUUUUUUUAAUAAACUAUGUAUUUAGGGGUUUUCUUUUCUAAUAAUGAUAUGAUGAUUACACAGA